AUGCUGCAGAUUUCGGCUGCAGUCCUUCUGGGACCCCAAGAUCCCGGGCCGCUGUUUCAACAUGAGAAUAAUUGGUUUCGCUACGCCGCCCGUGUCAUCAGCAUUCGAUCGGAUAUAAUAUUGCUAGUCCUGCCCAUUCCCCACGUCAUCCGACUAACUACAGACGACUACGCGCCUGAAGAUCGGCCUCUUGAUUACCUUUCUCAUGAGGAAAGUCUCGGUCUCAUUGCCACCCUCAUCGCGCUCUUUGAGUUCUCCACCAAUAACGCAGACUCAGACAAUACCUGGACCGGCGCGUUGUUGGUCAUCUGGGCCAUCGUGGAGGUGGGAAUGUAUCUCAUGGCCGCAUGCAUGAUGUCUUCGUUCAGGCCGCUGGGCAAAUACCCCCUGGGAAUGGUCUCGGAUCGGUAUAAGGCCACGGCCAGGUCCUCAUCCGGAGAUGAGGAGACGCUGGAACUGGUUUCUGUGGCGGGGGAAGGGGAUCGGGAGACCACUGGCAACCGCCCGGGAGAUUAUGGUCAAGAGUCGUUUUAUAGUGGAGCACGCUGA